AUGGAAUUCAACUUACUCAUCCAUCAUGUUGUGCAUUGGCUUGAUCAUCUCCCUUUUGAACAACCCACGCCAGACAUUUCGAAAGCCAGCCAAGCUUGCGCCCUCAAACGACGACGAUCUCUUAAACUCAGCGAGCCCCGAAAACGUCGUUAUCCCGUAUCACCUCCAAGGUCAAGAAACGAGAACUCUCAAGAUCCAACGUCAUCAGAGAUGCUACCGUCGACACCCGGAAAGAAACGGGCUCAUGGCGACGACACAAAUCUCGACAAUGAACAAACCCCUCGAGCUGAAACCAUAAGCACAAGCAGGCAUCCAUUGGAUAAUCCUCCAGAUCUUGGCUUGAGAAGCAAUGCUUCGAGUUUUGCUUCGCGAAGUGAUGCCUCCGUGUCACGCGACAGCAAACGCUCAAAACGGUCACAGUCACCGACCAAACUAUUUCCUAUGUACGGGCCAGAGGGCCAAAGAUUAAUUAGAGACGCACUCAGCACCACAGCACCGCGACAGGCCUUGCCUUCGUCCCUUUCUGAAUUAAUCCAAGAUAUCAAUGAUAUAUCCAGAGGCUUCAGCAUUAUUCCGCAAAGCAUGAAGGCUGCUCUAGAUCAGCAUCUCAAGAACACCGCGCCACUUGAUCGACUGCACGGCUUUAUGUUCUUUGAAGAUACCAAUAGUAUCAAGGACCUUGAUGAAUCACUUGACUGGGCGUCAGCUAGGGAAGUCCUUCGUCGUGCUUUGCGCAUCGCUGAUCGGUCUGGCCAAUGCUCCCAGAUGCUUAGCGACGAGUCGGCGUGGAACAACAUGGUGCAUACUCCUCUGCUCGAACUGUUUGCUCGCGAUAUGUACAGCUGUACAAAUCAAGAACUUCUUGACUUCAUAUCUUGCACGACGACAAACGUCGACUCAGCAUAUCAUAGAUUCCCCGACACAGCAAGCCGGGUUGACUACGUCCUACGUUUCAUACCAGAACGUGAUCCUACCUUCCAUGCCCCAUCUGACGUUAUGGCGCCCUGCUUCAAUUGGACGUCCGACAGACUGCUGCAACAGUACCCACUCGCCUUUAGCAUCGAAACUAAGCGUUACGGUGGUAACACGGCAAAAGGGGAGCAGCAGAUGGGGAUUUGGCAUGCCGCUCAGUGGGAGUUUUUAAUAUCCAGGACUGGCUCAGUGGCCACAAAUAAGCUCGAAUUCUUACCAGGCGUUGUGGUACAGGGUCAUAUUUGGUCGCUUGUUAUCACGACGAGGUCCCAAGCUAUAACGACUGUUCUUUGCAGCGUUGAGUUUGGAAAUACCAGCUCUGUUAUUGGCGUGCUCCAAGUCAUCGCUGGUCUGCGACGUCUGCGAAAAUGGUCUCUUGAAAUCUUAUGGCCGUGGUAUAAAGAGAAUCUACCUGGACUUUGUCAGCUCUGA